AUGAAAUCCCGGGCAGGCGCCACAGCUCUACUGUUGCCCAUCGCCUUCUCCAUCAGCUUGGUCCAAGUAUGCAAUGGCGCUGCAAUUGCUGUUUCAUGUGGUUCCAUCUACAAGAGCUUUGCACAGUGUUUGCUGACGCUCGGGGACAGUUUGGUGGAAACACAAAAAGAUCAGGACACGCAGGACAUCGACACGAUCUGCAGAUCCUGGAAUGACUUCCAUGCUUGCGCCAACACAGCCAUGUCUGGCUGUCCCAGAGAAGCGGCAGCAGUUUGGGAGUCCCUAAGACAAGAGUCCAAGAAGGCCCAGUUCUCUGGAAACCUCUACAACAUGUGCGCCAGCCUCACCACGCUGGCUCCCAGCACCGUGCCUCCCUUACUGACCCCUCCCACCUCGGAACAAACCAACCAGGAAACACUGAAGGGGAGAACGCACCAGUGGAGCCCCUCUCCCGCCGUAAUGAUCCUUCCAACAUGUAGCACUUUGAUAGCGCUGCUCAGGAUCUAG